AGGGCGAGAAGGCGCCCGGCGCGACGGGCUUCUAGACUGUGUGUUUUAGACGCGCGCCGGUGUGUGGUUGAUCUCGGGCUCACGCGCUGCGCAGCGCAUAAAGCCUCGCUUCUUGCGGGCACCCUGUAUAGCACCCGUUCGCGGGAGAUGAUUAUGAUGUCUACAUGAGCGCGACGGAAAGGGUGAGCAUGUCGAGGGAGGCUGUAUGCGAAGUGAGAAUGAGAGUGAACCGGAAUGGUGCGGACAUCCACAGCUUUGCGCAAGCCCUUGGUUUCUCAUGGCGGACCUACGUGACGGCGGUGACCACGGACGGGCAACUCCGCUGUGGCCAACAACUCCACCAAUGGCCUUCCGGCGGUGAACGCCCCGCGACUGUUCAGUCAGCCAGGCGCCGUUGUGUGCAAGAGCUUCGAACCAAUUUCCCAUUCAGCUCCUCCUCGCCCCUGUUCUGUGAGCAUCUCCCUCACAAGCAAUGCCAAUUCAACGCUCUCGCCCCGCUCUUCGCCCCGUUCAGCGCCUGCAUUGCUACUCUGAGCGGUGGCCGGCGAUUUCGCACCGUCGCGGCGACGAAAUCAGCCACGACCCACAUGGAGGACCUCCACCGCCACGGGUCCGGAACUAAGAAAUUUCAGAUAUCGCCGGCUCGCCCCGCCCCCGGCGGUGCAUAAAAGCAAGGCGAGAUGCAUCUACGUUUCUCUAGUGACCACACUCUGUAGGAUCUCUCUACAGUAACCGUUCACUCUCGCUAGUUCACACUAGCCACAUUUUCCACGUCGAGGCGAUGAUAUAGCCCCUCGCCGCUCUUCACAGA